AUGGCCGCAUCAGCGAUAGAAGCGCGCCCUCUGCGCAUCAAGCUUACAAAGGCCGUCAGCCAGAAGAAGGACGCCGACUUACAGAGACUUCUACUCGACGGCAACUCCAGCCGGCGCAACGACGAGAAUGACCUUCGCACACUUCUUGGUAAAGCCAUAAGUAUCGGCUACGAGAAUGGCGCUAGACUGCUCCUUGAGGCUGGCGCAAAGAUCGAUGGCGUCGGUAGCCAUGGGCCGCUACAUGGUGCCAUUGCAAACACAAACGACAAGACGCGAAACGCAAUCAUCACUUUGCUUCUGAGCCAUGGAUGUGAACUUGAAGCCAAAGAUCAUCUCGGAAGGACUGCGUUGAUGGCUGCAUGUCUCCGCGGCCAAAAUGAUGUUAUCAUCACUCUGCUUACGCGAGGAGCGGAUCCAAAUGUCGACGAUCAAAGCAGGAAGAAUGCCCUGCAAUUAAUGGCUUCGGAGUCGAAGCGAAACACGAAAUGGAGUCCGGAGGCGCUAUCGAUGCUCUUACCGAAAGUCAGAGACCUCAACAAAAGAGAUAGCGAAGGCCGCGAAGGGCGAACGCCUCUUUUAUGGGCUGCUGCAAGAGGUCAGCUCGCGCUUGUUGGAGCAUUACUGCAGAUCGGGAAGGGAGUCGUCGACGUCAAUCAGACGAAUGACCAGGGACAUUCGGCUCUUCACCUGGCAGCCAGACACAAUGAACCUGAAAUGAUCAAACUGCUCAUCUUUUCGGGUGCCAAAAUCGAAGCACGAAGCGACGGGGAUUGGACACCUCUCCUGAUGGCCGCAAAGGAAGGGAACGAAAGCGCCAUUGAUGCUUUGCUGACCUCCAAUGCGAACGUCAAUGUUCGCACCUCCUCCGGAAUGACCUCCCUUCACUGGGCUGCUGAAAGCGGUAAGCUGGAUGCUGUCAACCGCAUCUUACGAGAGCGACACGCCCACAAGAACAGCAAGGAUAGCUUUGACAGCACGCCUCUCAUCCGCGCCGCUCAAAACGGUCAUUGGGACAUCGUCGAUGCACUUCGACCUUAUGUCCUGGAAGGGCCGACAAACUUCGUCGCACGGAAGGCUUGCCAGCGAUUCCGGGCGGCCGUGGUCAAUUUUUUCGAGGACCGGGAGGCCCACGGCGGUAUCAAAAACAAAGUCAACAAGCAGACCGUUUGGCAAAUUCUCUAUGCCAGAGACGAGAAGAAUCCCGACAUGCCUGCGAUACCCAUUGCUAUUGACCAUGUCGAAGGGAUGAAAAAGCCAUUGUUUCGCUGGAUCCACCUGCCAGCAAACAAUAUCUCCUGGCUCGAGGUCCUCCUCACCAAGUAUUACCUGGAAGGCGAAUGCAGAGACGUGACAGUUCUGAAGUCGCUCCUACGACUACUCGGAAGACAGCAGCACCGAGGUUCGGAAAUCCACUCGCGCUUCAUGCGCCCGUCAUGCAAACGCAUCUGGAUCCCUCCGAAGCGAUCGGCCGAUCCAACACACCCUACGUCUCACAAAUCCUCACAUAUCAGCCGCAAGGUAACGCCGUCCACGCCGCCGCCUUCGUCCAGAUCCACGGCACCAGCAACGGCGGCGCAGACCCAAACCCAGCUAGAAGAAGACAUGAUGGUGAUGUUUAUGCCAUAUCUGCAUUGGGAGACGGACAGAAAUCGAACGUUGUUGACUCAGUCCAUACGAGAGCCCGCAGGAAACACACACGCACUCGAAGAGUCAGAACUGUCCAAGAUUCCCAAAGACAUUCUCCUCAUCCAUGGCUACGUUGGAGGCUCGACAGAUCUCCACCCUCGCAGAACAUUGGAUCAGUUCAAGCACCACAGCACCAAGACCGAUCUCCAGGACGCGGAUCAGGUUGUGUACCGAUAUUGCAAGAGAAGGAGGAAGGAAUUGAAGAUCUUCAUGGUGGACCAACUCUGGCUGAUCAGUAUUGGCAAUCUACUCAUCUCGUGCUUCCCAGAACGGUGGAGGCAACCCCAUCGGGAUCCCUUGAAUCUCUUUGAAGGCGUCGUCGAGGACAUCAAUUCCACAACGCGGCCUCCGGUCAGAAAUGUGUUUGAACUCGCCACUAUCAUCACCGAGAGAUGCACGGGACUCUUUGACCGACAGCAGUGGGAUAACGAUGACCUCCUCUUCGCCGAGAUGUUUGAGUUGAGUAUUGGCCGCUUAACCCGAAAGGAAACAAAGCUGUUCCAACGCUUCAAGGAAGCAUCGUCGCAUUGGCUGAGAGCGCAUGACGGCGGGAAAAUGCUUUACAAAUCGCAACUGGGACUUGAGUAUGACCACGACCACUCUUCGGGCUGGUCAUCGUCCGACGGAGAACAACAUGGUCACCACGGGGGUGGUGUCUCCUCGCAUACAACGACAAUGCACCAGGGCCCUCACGAGGAUUCAUGGCAUGACCGCCACCAAGCGUCGGACUCGUUCGUCAACGAUCUCCUGAACAUCGACAAGGAGGCCGCCCUGCUGGUCGAGUGCAAAGACGUCGAAGACGAGCUGGACAUCCUGACCAGCGUGCUCGGCCAGCAGCGCCAAGUGCUCAACGAUCUCGACGCCACCCUGCGAGCGGCUAAGAACAUAGUCCGCACGCAGCGCCUCGACCUGUACGGCAAGGUCAGCGAACAGCAACGGCUCGUCGACCUGGACAUUUUGGAUCUGGGACGCAUGGCGCGACAAGCCAAAAGCGUCAACGACAAUCUGACCCAGGUCCUGGAUCUGAAGCAGAAGCACGCAAAUGCCGUCGAGGCCAGGUUUCAGCGCAAACAGGCCGAAGAGACGGCCAGACAGGGCCAGACCAUCAUGGUCUUCACCAUAGUGACGAUCGUGUUCCUGCCGCUGAGUUUUCUCGCGAGCUUUUUCGCCAUCAACGUCAUCGAAUUCCCCCGUCCCCCUGGCACUGCUGGGACCGGAGAGCUCCAUCUGAGUUGGGUGGUCCAGUACAUCCUUGGUAUCGGGUUGGCCGUCAGUGUGCCCUUGAUCGGGCUGGCCUUUGUCGUUGGAGAUAUUCAGGCUUGGUGGGAGAAUCGGAAGCUGAGGAAAUAUCACCAUCGCCGAAACGGGAACGGGAGCGGGAAUGACAAAGAUGACAAAAAUUCGCACAAAGUCAUCGACGUUGGAGAUAAUGCUCUUUUCACGGAUGUUGACGACGAGAAAAGAAGGAGCGGCUUGAGCUGGGCUCCGAGGUUCGGGUUCUUGAGAAGACGCCGCCGCCCACUCCUCUGGCGGGACAAAGACAAACAGCCUGACCUACCGGUGUCAAAUGCCAGUCUCUCAAGCCAUGUGAACGAUUCGAAGCAGCGGGUUGACGAGGUACUGCACCCUCAGCGGGCGAAUGGCAGCAAUCAGACGCAGUCGCUGGUCGCCAUGUCGAUUCAGGCUCAGAGAGGCCGGCAACCGAUGUCCUCAAUGGAGUCGUCCAGGCAAGGAGGUGCACGGUAUCCGAGACGACUGAGGCGUGUUGGCACUGAAACGACCGAACGGUCGGCUGCGACGGAGGAUUUAGAGGUUGGCGGCGGAUUUGGGAUUUAGCAGGCAGAUCACGUUGAGGGUUCGUAGUGUAGUAUACAGAUUCAACGAGUGUCAAAUUAGCACUGUUCGAAUGGCCGAACUAAAAAGGAGCGUGUGGGGCCAAGGAGCUGACAAAGGUAGU